AGCACAUGGGGAUUCGCGCGCCUCUGCUGCUGAUGCUGCGCCGCAUCCAUCCAUUCAUUCAGCGCUGGCGCAGCACAUGCAGUCCCGAGUGUUCUGCUCCAACUCACGCAGCUCGGUUUAGCUACGUUUAGCACGUUUUUAAACCGUAUUGGUUGCCGUGUCUGCCUGGAGGAGGCUUGUGUGCAUCAUGCUUUUUGGACAGCUCGUCUUCGGCGAUGUUGCAGCAUCAUCAUGCGUCUUGCGGUCAGACCUCCGCUCAUAGCCAUAUGAAGGCAUUCGGAUAGCAACCAUAACGUGCUUUCUGGACAUAACGGAGACGAAACAGGGAGGGAAAGACCAAUCGACCCAAAUGCAGGUAUCCCAGUGUAAAAUGGAGGAUAGUUUUGAUUGCGACUGCGGUGAGCUGGAACCGCCUGAUCACUGAGAAGGAAUCGUCUCUCUGAGAUCAUCAACCCUUUCGGUUUCCCCACAUCAGGUGCUUUAAACAGGAAAAAGGAAAAGAAAAAAAAAAGUUGAUUUAUCGCCGUUUACUUGGACCGUUAGUAAUGCUGCUGCUCAGGGCCAGUCAUACACUGAAAAUUUCUGCACUGUGACGAUGGUUUUAUAGGUAGUGACUUUGAUUAUUUCAGUUACUUUCAGAGAUAUUUGAUUGGCCUCCAAAUUCAUUCCAUUUAACAUUGAAAUAAAAAGAGAAAAUUUCCCACAGGCUACAUAAAAAGCUGCUAAAAAGUGCUGUGGAUGAUGACAACAUAUCUUGGCAACGUAUCUGAAACAGUUCCAGGCAUCUCUCAGAAUACGCUGUAACAGUCGUUCGGGAAAACGCUCAAGUCUUUCGUAGGCUUGAGUGUUUGUCUCGUCUUUUUUGUUUGCCUUGCCUUUCUAAAUUAGCUCAACUCGAGAUCAGCUGCAUAUCAGUUAAUCAGAAAUCCUUCCUGCUAUAAUAUCUGCACAGAGCUGCUCUUGUAGGCCGCAAAAUGGCAGAGAAAUUUGAAAGCCUUAUGAACAUUCACGGCUUCGACCUGGGCCCUCGCUACAUGGACCUAAAGCCUCUGGGCUACGGGGGCAACGGACUGGUCUUUUCCGCUGUCGACACCGAUUGUGACAAGAGGGUCGCUGUGAAAAAGAUAGUCUUAACCGACCCUCAGAGCGUCAAGCACGCGUUGCGCGAAAUCAAGAUCAUUCGCAGGCUUGAUCACGACAACAUCGUGAAGGUGUUUGAAACGCUGGGGCCCAGCGGCCGGAGGCUCACGGAGGAUGUGAGCUCUCUGACGGAGGUCAACUCUGUGUACAUCGUGCAGGAGUACAUGGAAACCGACCUCUGUAAAGUACUGGAACAGGGCUUGCUGUCCGAGGAUCACGCACGGCUGUUCAUGUACCAACUGCUGCGAGGACUCAAAUAUAUCCACUCUGCGAAUGUGCUUCACCGAGACCUGAAGCCUGCCAACCUCUUCGUCAACACCGAGGACUUGGUUCUGAAAAUCGGAGACUUUGGGCUCGCCCGCAUCAUGGACCCCCACUAUUCCCAUAAGGGGCAUCUGUCUGAGGGACUGGUCACUAAAUGGUAUCGUUCUCCUCGUCUCCUCCUUUCCCCAAAUAACUACACCAAAGCCAUUGACAUGUGGGCCGCAGGAUGCAUCUUUGCUGAAAUGUUGACUGGAAAAACUCUCUUUGCAGGAGCUCACGAGCUGGAACAGAUGCAGCUGAUUCUGGAAUCCAUUCCGGUAGUCCACGAGGAAGACAGGCUGGAGCUCCAAAGCGUAAUACCUGUCUUUAUCAAGAACGACAUGUCAGAACCACACACACCCCUCGCCAAGUUAUUGCCUGGUGUCAGCCCUGAGGCCUUGGAUUUCUUGGAGAAGAUCUUGACGUUCAACCCCAUGGACCGGCUCACUGCAGAAGAGGCUCUUGCUCACCCAUACAUGAGCGAUUACUCCUUCCCUCUAGACGAACCAGUGUCUUUACACCCCUUCCACAUUGAGGAUGAGGUGGAUGACAUCUUGCUCAUGGACGAGAGCCACAGUCACAUCUACAACUGGGACAGGUACCAUGAAAGUCAGUUCUCAGAUCAAGACUGGCACCUGCAUAGCACCCAUGAACUGGAAGAUGUGCAGCGUGACCCUCGAGCAAUGUCAGAUGUCACAGAUGAGGAGGAGGUACAGAUCGAUCCACGGAAAUUCAUGGAUGGGGAGUGUGAGAAGUUCCUAGAGGAUCCAUCGUUUGAUCUUCCACCGGAGCGCUCGUGGCAGCAGGAAGAUCACCAUGAGAACAAAUACUGCGAUCAGGAGUGCAGCUUCACUUGCAACUACAAAGCUGUGUCCCCAUCCUAUCUGGACAAUCUGAUCUGGAGGGAGAGUGAGGUAAACCACUACUACGAGCCCAAACUCAUCAUUGAUCUCUCCAACUGGAAAGAGCAGCAAAGCAAAGAGAAGAAUGACAAAAAAGGCAAGACCAAGUGUGAGAAGAACGGCCUGGUCAAGGCCCAGAUCGCCCUGCAAGAGGCAUCUCAGAACCACUGCGUGGCCGAGAAGGAUCGUGAACAGGAAAAACACCAAAAUCACAACCAGGGCUUCGAUUUUGACUCGUUUAUCGCCAGCACCAUCAAAAUGAGCCUUCAGCCAGAAUCCGGCGACGUUGACCUCCUGAAUGAGUUAAACACCUCAGUUUCCCAGCUGGACACCCGUACUCCUUGCGGCUCCAUGUCUAAGUCCAUCAGUCAGGAGAAAGAAGAGAAGUGUCUAGUCAACCUGGCGCAGCUUGGUGUCAGAGCACCCUGUCCUUGGGAGAGUUUCACGGACAGCGAUGUUACCGAGAGCAGCCUAAUCGACGAGGCUUGCUGGGACGUCCGCAAGGACGAGCAGCUCCAGAAGGAGAACAGCAGCUGCCAGAGCAGUUACUUAGAUCGCCUCUUCAACAAGCCGGAGGAGGUAGAGUCCGAGAUCCCUGAACCUGUCGAGGAGUCCACACCGGAGGAUGACUUCAUAUCCUGUGGCGGCGAGAUCGUCUUUAACAUGCAGCUGGAGUCUCUGGCCAUUCCGGGGUUCGAGGGAGCGGGUGACAUUCCUCUGAAGUCCAUCCAGGCCACGUUAACGCCCUCUGCUGUUAAGCUCUCCCCACAAAUAGCCCAUAAAACCUACAGCAGCAUUUUCAAGCAUUUAAAUUAAACAAUCCACCCCGUUCAAGCAGAGUCCAGCUUAUUUUUUAUAGAGUUAUGUAUUUCUGUACUUGAAUCAUUUUUUUAUCUUUUUACAUAUGGUUACUUUUAAGGAAACUUCUUUCUUUCUGUUUUUUUUUCUUUCUUUUUUUUUUUAAAUGUGGAUUAAAUGUAAGUUAAUUCAGUUCAUAAAUUCAUCCAAAGUGCUGGACUGUAUUCCUACACAUGAAAUGUUUUUGCCCUCUAGUUUUCAGUUUCAACUCUGAUAUUAUAUAUAUAUAUAUAUUUAAGAAGAAACUAACGCCGUGACAUUUGCACACAGUGUACUGUAGAUCCACAAACAUAUUAGGGAAAGACAGAGGAACGACUGUUAAGUAGUGAAAUAGAUGGUUUAUCCAUUUGCAAGCAAAGGAAUAGAGAAAAAGAGGGCAGAUUAAUGCACUAACUGUGUGGGAGACGCCGCCACUGACAUCAUAAUGUGACCUUCUGACUGACAGCCAAUAGGACUGACACAAGCAGUGCGUCUUGGCCUUUCUCUUCCUGUUGUUUUUAAUUAAGGCUAAUGUAUUUAUUUGACCUUUUCCACCUCAUUUCCAUUUAAAAGCGAAGCCUUUUUGUCAUUUUGUUCAUACUUUAAACUUCCUCAAACGUGAUGCCAGCACAGCAAGCAUUAACCGUAGGUUUGCGAUGCGUUAACUGUAGGUUCGUAAAGGCGUUAUCUACCUCAAGGUAACAGCAGAAGGUUCUGUCUCCCAACUGUAGUGCUUUAAAGAAACACUUGCCCUUUCAACGAUGUAGUGCACAGCGAUUUUUACUUUACAUUUUGCAUUUGCCAUAGUGAAGUGUUAAGAUCAUUAUUUAUUUUUAGCAGAUGUGAGAUAUUUAUUUUAAGAACGUUGUACUUUUUCAAUGUGAGGCAUUGGACUUCCAUUCUGGUCUGUUUUUGGCACUCUGUUUGUUUAGCCGUGGAUGAUCACUCAUCCGUUUGAGUUGUACAGAAAUUCAUGACGUUCUCCCAAGUUCAACCAUUUUUUUUCAUAAGGAUUCACAAUAAGGAUUUUUUUCUUUUUUUUUUUUUCUUUUUUUUUUUUUUUUUUUUUUUUUUUUUUACUUGUAGGUGCUUUGUACGAGUGGAAUACUGCUUUAUGGCAUUUUAUGCGCCUAAAAGUCUUAAUUUUUUUCACAUAUUGUUAGAAAUUGUGCAUGGAAGAAAACCAAUGGAAGGUACAUUUAAAAUGAAGUUAAUGGUGAAGUAUAUUGUAUAAGUCAUUAAUUUUAUUUUAAUUGUAUGUUUUUAUGAAAACUUAUUUUUUUCCAAGCGAGCAUGAUUGAAUUAGGUUCGGAUAUAGCAUGUAGAACACUUAAAAGGUUUUUUUUAUUUUUAUUUUUUGUUUAAUUUUGCCUUUAAAUGCUGGUUUCAUUCUGUUAUCAUCGGUUCCACUGUAAAAUUACAUCAAUAAAAUGGCCAGCAAGUGUAUAA